AUGAUGGCAAUACGGCAUGUGCUUUGUGUUCUGACCAUCACACUCUGUUUUAUCUGCAGUUUCGUGUUGGCAGACACUGAAGAUCCUGUUGGUGGUGGGGUUGCGAAGCCUGACCCUCAAAGUGGUCCUGAACCUGGAAGUGUUGGUGUAGGAGUUGGACGUGGUGGUGCUGAUGGUGGAGGAGGAGGAGGAAGUGGUGGAGUGGAAGAAUCAUCUGAACAGUGUGUUGAGGAUCAAAAUAAGGAAUUUUGCAAAGCAAAUUCAUCGCAGAAAGUGCCUCCAGAAGAUGCUCAAAAGAGUGGAACAAAACCUGAACAUGUUGCACUUCCACCACCCGAAACAUCAGUGGAACGCAGUCCUACUUCUUUACCUGGUUCUGGUGUUUCUGUUGGUCCUACUAGUUCCUCUUUGCGAACCACAAAAGACCUACCUCAUCAGCAGGAUCGAAGUGAAGAGGGAAUGAAGGAGAAUCUACCAGUUAAGGAGGUGAGAGAAAGCGAGGUACAAGCAGCAGGCGAUGGUCCCAAGGAGCAACCUUCAAAUGAAGAAAGUUCACUUAACCUUGGUACAACACAACACCACGAUGGAUCGGACCAGGUAUCGCAAACUGUACAGAGUGCUCCCAAAGAAACUGCUGCGCAAGGUGAGAACGAGGCAGACAACAGUAAUGCUUCAACGACUCAGGGAGGUACUGACACACCAUAUGAUCUUGUCAAUGGUACUACACCUGAAGGAAGUGAGUCAGCAAAUACUCAAGAAGGUGAUGUGAGAAAUACAGAUCCCACCACCACAACAACACUUCCUCCUGAGUCUGCAAACAACAAGAAGGGUGAUGCAGACAGCAGCAGCAGUAUCAGCAGUUCUGUAUGGGUGCGUGUACCACUACUGAUUGUGGUUACACUGGCCUGUAUUCUUGUGUGCUGA